UUUUUACAUUUUUUCAGAUAAAAUGGAUAAACUGAAGAAAGCUUUGACGGGACGGGAUGAAGCAGAGGAUGAGGAGAAGGGAUUCGUAGCACAGGCUAUAGACGUGUCCACAUUAUCUUGGAGUACAAGAGUUAAAGGAUUCUGCAUUUGUUUUCUUAUAGGCAUCCUUCUGUCUGUGAUUGGUACUGUAACAUUUGCCUUGGGAGGAAGUAUUAAGAUAUUCGGAGUUCUUUAUUCUUUUGGAAAUAUAACAUCUAUAGCAAGUACAUUGUUCUUGAUGGGACCCGUAGCGCAGAUUCAGAAGAUGUUCGCGAAGACUCGUGUGAUCGCUACGGUUGUGAUGAUUCUAUCCCUGGUCUUGACUCUAUGCUCUGUAUUUUGGUGGGAUAAGAAGAUACUGGCGCUCUUCUUUGUUGUUCUACAGUAUUUGGCGAUGACGUGGUAUUCUAUCUCCUAUAUUCCAUACGCUAGAGAUGCAAUCCUCAAGUGCUUCAACUCAGUUAUAUCUUAGAGAUAUAUCUUGGAAUUUUAGAGAUAUCUGCGACCUUUGGAGAUAUAUCUAGGCACUUCAGAGAUUUAUCUCAUACAGGGGGGAAUCAUACAACCUUAGAAUAAGAAGACGACAUUUAAUCAGUCUGAUGUCAGUAGCUUGAAAACCACCUUAAGUGAAAUGGGUCUGUGUACACUGCACAAACCACAGCUGUUCACUGGACUAUUCAAAUUAUAACUAGAGUCCAACUAAUUCCACAGUUUUCUAGAUAUUUUAUCCAGGAGAUAUAUCUGGAAACCCGCUAAGUAAGGAGAUGAAAUCUAAAAAUUCAUGUCUUAGUGAUUUAUAUAGUGGACUUUGAUCUGAUCUUAGUGAUUUAUCUGUAAUCAAUCAUAUCUUUCUAAUACAUAAGUAAACCCUUAGAAAUUCAAAUUGUUCACAGUUAGACCCAGAAAACUGUGGUAUAUGAAGACGAUAUUUAAGCAAUAUUAUGUUUGUGUAUUUAUGUUGUUUUAAAGCAAAAAGUUUCACCAUUAGCUGAAAACUUAACGUUUUAAUUGAAAAGAACUUAUGUACACAAUUGAUCGGUUUCAUGUUUAUUGUACCAUUUAAAAUUAUAAAUUGGGUCGAACAGUCGUCUUCCUAUUCCACAGUUUUAUGGGUCUCCCUGUACAGUGUACAAAUAUGAGGGGUGUCGUUAAUUAUUGUUAGUAACCUUUUUCCUUUUUUAAAAUGUUUAUUGUCAUAUCAUCCAAAACUAAGAAAAUAACAUUAAAAUACAUUUAUUUAUAUAUAAAUAUUAGAAUGUAAUAUUUUUCCUUUAUACUUAGAAAUGAAUGUGUACGCUGUUCACUGUACAAUAUAUACAUUGAUAAACCGAAGCUUUUCCAAAAAGUGCCUGCAACAAUUUAUACUAUUUAUUCAAUGUAUUUUUCACAUUUUUUUGUAUUAAAAUUCAUAUAAAAUCAAAGCUUUUUAAAGGAGUGCCUGCAACAAUUUAUAAAAUUUUUACUUUCUUUAUUAUUUCACAAUUUUAUAAUUGAUUUUGUAUUCCCCUGAUAAGGCUGCAACCAAUGUAUAUCUAGUUAUAUCAAUGACUAUCAAUCAAAGCUGAAUAUAGGGUACAUCGAAUUUUCAGAACGCGUUUCUAAAGGAUUUAAAAAACUUUUCAAAAAUAAUUUCCCAUUUAAAAAAAAACUUAAAUAAUUUAACAAGAAUUUGUUUUUAUAAAAAUUUUUUAUUUUUUUUAUUUUUUAAACAAUUAUGUCCUGGGUUGCAAUUAAACGUAAAAUCUUGUAAUAAAUCAUAACAUCAGUUCAUGCAAAUGUAUUUUCAUAUUGUGUUCAAUGGAAUAACAAAAAAGUUUCAAAAUAAGUUAUUUAUAACUUUACACAAUCAUUCCAACUACGAAAUAUACAUAAAGGGACUUAA